CUUGGAUUUAUACACCAUUUAUCUUUUGCUUUUUAUUCAUAGCACUCCACAUAAAAACGUAAAAUGUUUUAAACACUUGUUCGUAUUUAUAUUUAAAAUGCACAAUUUUAGGAUUAUUCACAUGAUAUUUGUGGACGAAAAAAUUAGAUUCGAAGUAUUUUUACCAUAUACAGUACCAAUUCUGGCACAUAUUGUUACUCAACAAUCUAUUUCAUUAUGUGCAAUGUUUUUCUUUUGGACAAUUUUAACCGGAGGUUUAUAUUUUAGUUUUGUUGGACUUAACGCUGCUCAUCAUCAUCCAGAUAUUUUUCACGACGGAGAUGCCUCACGAAGUAAAGAAGAUAUGGAUUGGGGAGUUUUUCAGUUAGACGGUGUGAUGGAUAGAAAAGAAAUUACUGGAUCCCAUUUUAUGGUAUUGACGCAUUUCGGAGAUCAUGCUUUGCACCAUCUAUUUCCUACAAUUGAUCAUGGUCUCUUAGACGCUUUGUAUCCAAUUUUUUGGCAGACUUGCAAAGAUUUCGGCGUCGAACAUCGAAUUGUUACGAAUUUUGAAAUGGUUAAAGGUCAGUACCGACAGUUGGCCAAAAUUGAACCAAGUGAACAUUCUCCUAAGCCUUCUACAAGUCAUAUUGCCAAUUAGACAAAUUUGUGUUUUGAAUAAUAUAUACUUUAUUAUAGUUUCUAAUCGAUUUUUAAAUAUAAUUUUCAAAAAUAUAUAUGCAAGCAUUAAACCGGUCUAUUAAUUCAACCAAGUUUUGUAUAAUUUAGUAAAUUUGAUAAUUUUCCGUAAAUAAACAGGUAGAUUAUACGUCAACUUGUUAAGGUCAACUAUAGACAUUGCUCGAAAGUCAAGAACAAUCAAGCGAUCGCAUUAAAAGCCGAUUCAUUCAGUUAACGUUGUUUCAAGCUGGAGUUCACAGUAGUUUGUGGUCACGUGAAGUGCUUGUUUGAUAUGUUGAACUGCUGAUAACUUUAUUAUUUAAUUUAUAAAGAUGGCUCCGAAUGAUGCUUCCGUAAAAAUUCCGACACAAAAAUUAUCAUUGCCAUUUAAUCUAGUGGGUGAAAUUUCAUCUAGUAUUGGCAUAAAAUACCCCACAAACAGAGAUCAUCCCUUGCACAGUGGUCAUAUGUGGUUGGAGGGUAAAAAAGCGGAUGAUGGUGCCGAAGGACUGUGGAGGAUCCAUGAUGAUUUGUAUGAUUUCCAGGAUUUCGUUAAGUCACAUCCUGGAGGGUCAAUGUGGUUGGAAGUUACUAAGGGUACAGAUAUUACAGAAGCUUUUCAUGCCCAUCACAUAUCAACUCUCCCUCAAAAGUUUCUCAAGAAUUACUUUGUACGGCAAGCUACUACUCCUAGAACUUACCCCUUUACUUUCCACGAGGACGGUUUCUAUGAAACCCUUAAAACUAGGAUAAGAAAAAGGUUGCCCAGUGUGUCUUUAAGACCAGUACUGAUUUCGGAAGUAAUGACUGACUCUUUGCUUCUCGGUUACUUCACAUUGUUUUUGUUGGCAGUAAAGUUUGAAAGUCUGAUCCUUAGUAGCUUAGCUGGUGUAUGUUUAAGUGUCAUGGCUGUGGCAGCGCACAAUUACUUUCACAAGAAGGACAACUUUAGGAUGUACUACUUUGAUUUUACCUUGAUGCAAUCCAGAGAAUGGAGAAUAAGUCAUGUUCUAAGUCAUCAUAUCUAUACUAACACUAUACAGGACUUAGAAGUAUCCAAUUUGGAACCUUUUAUGUUCUAUCUUCCUUGUACAAAACAUUUUGUUGUGAGAUAUUUGUCUUGGAUUUACACGCCCGUUGUUUUCGUGUUCUUGUUUAUUGGACAUCAUAUAAAAACGAUUAUUCAGAUGGUUUUAUCUGGUGAAAAAUUUAGGUUCGAAGUGUUUUUAGCAUACGCAGUACCAUUUUUUGUGUAUACGAUUACUAGACAGCCAAUUAUUACGUGUGCCCUUUUCUUCCUUUGGACUAUUUUAAUUGGAGGGUUGCAUUUUAGCAUUAUAGGAGUUAAUGCUGCUCAUCAUCAUCCUGAUAUUUUCCAUGAUGGUGACGCUUACAGAAGCAAGGAAGAUAUGGACUGGGGAAUUUUCCAACUGGAUGCAGUAAUGGAUAAAAAAGAAAUAACUGGAUCUCAUUUCUUGGUACUCACCAAUUUUGGCGACCAUGCUUUGCAUCAUCUGUUUCCCACGAUAGAUCAUGGACUUUUAGAGUCCCUAUAUCCAAUUUUUUGGGAGACUUGCAAAGAUUUCGGGGUCGAACAUCGAGUGAUCACAAACUUAGAAAUGAUUAAAGGUCAAUAUAAACAGUUGGCGAAAGUGGAUCCUAAGAAAAGUCCUCCCAAAAAAUCUAUAAAACCUAAUUAUAAUAAAUAAUUUUUAUACAAUGUUUUAUAACAAAGAAUACAAAACUUAUUUUAUAAUAUAAGUCGCAAUAGUACAAAUGUUA